AUGAGGAUAUGGUAUAUACUGCUGAUGUAUUCUGGGAUAUUGGCUGUGAGUGCUGAAGUGUUCUCUUUGCUCACAUCCGGAGUGGUGAUUGGUGGUGUAGGAAUCUUCUUUGCUGUCAAGGAGAAAGCUAAAUGCUUGGUCUACGAAUGUUGCGAAGACGUUUACCUCAAGCACAACUUCGGAAGAAUGUUAAAACAGUUGCGAGAAGAAGUCUUCGGACAACACUUGGUUGAGGUUGACAUUUGGAACUCAAUAGUCGCUCAUUGGAAGAAUUCUGACCCAGAGAAGCCUCUUGUUUUGGCUUUUCAUGGUCCCACAGGGUGUGGAAAGAACCAUGUAUCACGAAUAAUAGCUGAUAAUUUGUACACGAAAGGAGCAGCAAGCUCAUUUGUUCAUACCUUCAUAGCCACUGUUCAUUUCCCGGAUAAGAACAAGGUUUCACAGUAUCAGAAGACAUUAAGAGAGAAAAUCUUGGAAGCGGGUAAGAAAUGUGGUCGGUCCAUUUUCAUCCUGGACGAAGUUGACAAAAUGCCUGAGAGGCUCCUGGAGACUGUUAAACCUUUCCUUGACUACUAUGAUAAGAUUGAUGGAAUCGAUUUCAGAAAAUCCAUAUUUAUCUUUUUGAGUAAUCGAGGUGGAGAUGAGAUCGCUAAUAUGGCUCUCAGUCAGUACAUGAAUGGAAAACCUAGAGAAGGACUUGUUCUACAUGAUUUCGAGAGGACGUUAAUGCACAAGGCAUUCGUAGAAGAAGGAGGUUUAAAACAUACGAAUAUAAUAAAGAACCAAUUGAUCGAUCAUUAUGUACCGUUUUUGCCUUUGGAGAGGAGACAUGUCGUUUUAUGCGUUCAUCAAUUUUUGAGAACUAGGUUUAAAGACGUUGCCGAAAAGCUUAUUAGCUCGUCAAACUUCAUGAAUGAGGUUUUGAACUCAUUACAGUACUUCCCUCAAGACUCGAAAGUAUUCUCUAGCUCCGGCUGCAAGAGGGUUGCUGCUAAGACCCAAUUAGAAGUUUUUAAACUUCAGAAACCAUCACAAACAGCUGGAAAUCAUAUAACAGAAGCUGCAUCUGUAGAAGUCAGAGAAGAUGAUGCGGAAGAGGAAGAGACUCCUGAAGUGGAAGAGACUGUUGAACUGGAAGAAAACCAUGACAGCCAAAAAGAAAAUGACGACGUCUAA